CUUAAGAUGCCUGUUGCUUGAUUGGGAGAUGCAUUGAAAGCUGCCGAUUAUCGUUGACGCUACAGAGUUGAAGCACAUAAAGUGCCACAAAAAUGCUGUAAGAAAAAUCAGGCCACCAGAGUGACAAAGCAGGCUUUCCAAAUGAGAGGUUCUUGAUGACCUGGAUGCUGCAGCUAUAAAACAAAGGCAUGGAAGUUUAAACAACACAAAACUGCAAUCCAGCCGGACUGUUUCAAGAGGAGGGUCGUACAGGCACAUUUCUUGUUUCUCAUACCUGUGCUCUGCCUGCCAUCUCCAGAAAAUGCUGCAUGCUGCUGCACUCCCAGUUUGAUGCUUUAGACACUGCCUGCCAGACACUGCUGCAGACUCUUGGGCUGGCCUUGAAGUAGGCAAACUUACCAACACUUAACCAGAUUCAUCAGUUGAAACCCCUGUGGAUGAUGGAAAUCUAACAGGUCGUCCAGUGAAGAUCUCAGAAAGAUAAGCUCGAGCAGCAGAGACGUCAGCGCCGAUGGUAGCUGAACUACAGCUGUAAGACUGCCAAAAAAUUCUGAACUGUGCGGAUCGUUGACUGUCAGGACAACGUAGAUUUGGCCAGACAAGUGAGAUCAAAGGACCAUCUAGCCCCGUAUACUGGCUCAGAGUGGCCAACAGUCUAUAUUCAAGGAAAAAAAUAAGACUAAGGAUAAAAUGGACUCUAUAUACAAGUUGAAGAUUUUUGUGAUGUUUUUAUCUCAAGCUGCUUUCACAGUCAUGGUGAUACUGAAUGCUGGAAAUGCCACUGGACUAUUCAAAGGUCUGUUCCGGACAACCCCUGGAAACAUCUCAGAUAAGUACAACACUGACUUCACACCAGCUGGCUGGACUUUCCUCAUCUGGAAUGUCAUCUAUGCCUGGCAGCUUGCCUGGCUCCUGUACGCCUUGUCAGGGAUCUGUCGAAGGAAUGAACUUGGAUGUGUAUACAUAAAGCCAGACUUGCUGCCAAUACCUUUUUACGUGGCAUGGAUUCUAAAUAAUGGACUCAACGUUGGAUGGCUAUUUCUGUGGGACCGAGAAUACCUCCUCCCAGCCCUGGUGCUCCUGGUAGCCCUCACUCUUGCCACGUGUGCUGCUCUCUUCAUCUCACACAGAGCCUUGAGUAUCCAUUCCUCGUGGUUUGUGAAGGGUCACAAAGCUGAACUCUGGCUCAUCCGGAUCCUAGUCCAGAAUGGGCUGGCGCUGUAUGCCACGUGGACCACUAUUGCCUCUCUGCUGAAUUUUGCUGUUGUGUUGAUCUACAAGUGGAAUGUGUCAAAUGAGAUAGCAACGACUACCUCUUUGAGCAUCCUUACUCUCCUUCUAGUAAUAUGGUUUUAUCAAGAAAACUUCUUUCUUGACAAGUACGUCCGCUACAACCUCACUAUCUACCCAGUGGUCAUAGUGGCUCUGACUGGCAGCGCGUGCAAGAACUUCUCACUUUCAUCCCCAACAACCAACGGCAUUUUUAUAGUUAUACUGCUGGCAGUGACUUGUUUUAUCUUUGCUGUUCGCCUGGGAUUAGUCAUAUGGAGGCACUGUAAGAGACCACUCGAAGCACCAAGAUCACCACAUCCAUCAGGCACAGUGGCCUGAGACCUCUGACAUGGUGAUGUUGUGGCAGAUACUUCAGAGGGAGAAAUGAGAAUUGGGCGUCCUGUAUCCACUGCUCCUUCCUUCCAGUAUCAAUUGUCUUGUGUAUUUUUUUCCUGUUUCUCUUUGUGUUCUGAAUUAGUAUGGUUCAUGUCUGCAAAUCGGCUCUCCUCCCAUAUUCUCUCAGAUCAGCUAGUCACAGCCCCACCUUGAAUCUGCACCCUUCUUCGUUUGUUUCGACUCUGGAUCAGUGGAGGAAGAGGUCCUGCAGAUGAGCAGCUCUGAAAACCUUCCUGAUGACUAAGAUGGGGCUCUGCUCUUUCCAGUGUGAGGGAAGCUGUCAAGAGAUGCCUGGCGGGCUUGCACAGACAGUUGCCCACAUUCUUUCCCUGAGAUUUUGCUCUUAUGUUAAAGUGCAUCUCUGGGUGAACCGUCCCUGGGAGCGAUGGUGGGCAGCGGGAGGCUUCAUUCCUUACUGACUUUGGCCAGCGGCCAUCCAGUGCUGGGCAUCUGCAAGCCUCAGCACUCCCUUUCCUGCUUCGAUUUGUCACAAUGAGAACAGAUGCUGCAAAUCCAAAGCCUGACUUCUGUGGUGUUAAUUCUAAUGUUUGUCCAAGAGCAGGGUGGAGGGGUGGCACAACUGCAAGUCUUCAACCUAUUUCAGGUUGUUGUAGUUCUGAUGACUGUAAAAAUCGAAGAUGCAUUCACUUUUCAGCAUACAUUAUGCCUCUGUGCCUCUGCCUUGUUUUUUCCUGACUUUCUCAGCUAAGUUUGUUACUGUGUCAGUGCCUCCAUCUGCAGACCUGCAGUAACAGGGGAUCCACACCUCUCCUGCUCCACCUGUAAGACAAAGGAGAUCUGGGUCAGGUGGGAGCAGUGGUUUGCUUUUCCCUGAGCUGUGCAGUGCACAACUUGUGCUGGCUGCCUGCCUCCUGCUGGAGGAUGGCUUGUAGCUGAUCUGGCAAGAGGUCAGGGAUAAUGAUGAGAUGAUAAACUGAUAUGAGUUGAAGCCUGCUGCUUCAGAAGGUGUCCAUUUUAAAAUUAAACUCUUUUUUUGACUAGGUAGAGUGAGUUCAUCCUGGCUGAGUGCUUUGUCACAUGGCUCCACCACUGUGGACUUGGUAUUAGGAAGCCUGACAACAAACUGAUUGAUUGUCAGACUACUGCCUCUGUUUCCUUUGCCUACUGGGACUGGUGGUGCCUUGGUGCCGCUGGGAAAGUUUUCCCAGGUCGCUGCUGCUUUCUAAUGCUGAAUAUCUUGCAGUGCUAUUACAAAGGUGAAUUCUCUUAAAAUAUGCC